CCCACAGUUCGGCUAUUGCACCUGUCAUGGUAAGACUGGUCUUACUCAUUGAUGUCGGGGAUAUAAAACCGACUUUUAUCACUCCGCAAGGUUUCUCAGACUGAGCUUGACCGACUACACCAACCACCAUGACGAGUUCUCCUCAGUGCAGUGCCGUUGCUAGUGCUAUGAAAAAGCAAGGCCUUGACUACGCCGGACUAGCAGCGAAGAUCGGUUCUACGCCGCACCGCGUGCAAGAGAUUUGCACUGCUAAAGUUCACCCUACCGCUGAAGAGUUCGGGAAACUUGCGAGAGCGCUUAACAUCACGGGGACCGUUUUCAGGCGCCCGGUGGUUCUGCUCACCGCACUGCUUGAAGCCAGAGCACUCAAGAACCAUUUUCAAGUGUACUCGAAUGUACCAGUAAUGUAACGCAGUGUGCAUGAAUAAUGGAUACACAUCAUAGCACUAGGAAAGGUGUCUGACAAGAUAAGAUAAGGGAUUCAUACCUGGUAGAUAAUCCGAUGAUUAAGCCUUAAUCCUGUCAUUGCAACAUCUCCACAGCCACGUUGUAGCCGA